AUGGUGAAAACGACAGUACGGUGAUUUGAAAUCUAAAAUUUUUUGAUGAAGUUUAUUAAUAUUUGAGAAUAUUUAUGUGUAGAAUUAGAGAUGAAUUAUCAACUUUCUUGAGGAAUAAUUAACCUCAAUGCCAAUUCUGUCGGCGUACUAACUAACACCUAGGGCGCCUAGCCGGGUACGGCAGCCUACCCAGCCUUCGUUGGAAUUUGGAAAACUUUAAUACUGCAGUAGAAACACUCAAGCAGAAGUGCAAGUUGGACAGGAAACCAGCAAACCUCCAAGAUGGCUGAGAAGCCAAAGGACUCAAGUAGUCACUUCAGCGUGGCAUCACCUGAAGAAUUUGUUCGCAGGAUGGGAGGCACUAAAGCCAUCAAUUCUGUACUGAUUGCCAACAAUGGAAUUGCAGCUGUGAAGUGUAUGCACAGCAUCCGGCGUUGGUCAUAUGAAAUUUUCAAAAAUGAUAGACAAAUCCAGUUUGUUGUUAUGGUUACAGAAGAAGAUUUGAAAGCUGGUGCUGACUACAUCAAGCUGGCAGACAGAACAGUUCAAGUCCCUGGUGGUGCCAACAACAACAACUAUGCCAAUGUGAAGCUCAUUGUUGAUCUUGCUGUUCGAUUCCAAGUAGAUGCCGUGUGGGCAGGCUGGGGACAUGCUUCUGAGAACCCCUUGCUGCCAGCAAAACUGGCCAAGAACAACAUAGCAUUUCUGGGUCCACCACAACAAGCUAUGUGGUUCCUCGGUGACAAAAUUGCUUCUAGCAUUGUUGCUCAAACUGCAAAUAUCCCCACACUGCCUUGGUCAGGAUCUGGCCUCCAAGCUGAAAUGACGGAAGCCGCUGAUGGAUCACCGCGCGUGUCUAUACCGCGCGAUCUGUACGAGCGUGGCUGCGUGCACAGCGUUGAAGAGGCCAUGGCGGCCGCGCAACGCAUUGGUUUGCCUAUCAUGAUCAAAGCUUCAGAAGGUGGAGGCGGUAAAGGCAUCAGGAAGGUUGAGAGCGAGGACUCGUUGCCUGCUUUGUACAGACAAGUGCAAGCUGAAGUACCAGGAUCGCCAAUUUUCAUCAUGAAGCUUGCCAAGUGCGCACGACAUUUAGAAGUUCAAAUCAUUGCUGACCAAUACGGCAAUGCUAUUUCUCUGUUCGGCCGUGACUGCUCCGUGCAGCGGCGACAUCAGAAAAUUCUUGAAGAAGCACCAUGUGUCAUCGCUAAGCCUGACGUUUUCUGGAAAAUGGAACAGGCUGCUGUUAAGCUUGCAAAGGUCGUUGGGUACGUGAACGCUGGCACUGUCGAGUACUUGUAUGAUAACGAUGCCAACUUCUACUUCUUGGAGCUGAACCCUCGACUUCAAGUAGAACAUCCCUGCACGGAAAUGAUCACGGACAUCAACUUGCCAGCAGCGCAACUCCAGGUGGCGAUGGGAUUAUCGCUGUCACGCAUUCGUUGCAUUCGUGUGCUGUACGGCGAGCUUCCCUGGGGAGACACAGAGCUCGUCUUCGAUGUGACAGGUUUCAAACCAAGUUCAGGUUCAGUGAAGGAGCUUAAUUUCCGCAGCAGCAAGCAUGUUUGGGGCUACUUCAGCGUGUCAGCGUCAGGCGGCCUGCACGAGUACGCAGACUCUCAAUUUGGCCACUGCUUCGCCUGGGGCGAGAACAGGGAGGACGCCAGGAAAAAUUUGAUAGUAGCAUUGAAGGAGCUAUCAAUCAGAGGCGAUUUCCGUACCAUCGUUGACUAUCUCAUCUCCCUGCUGGAAACUUCCACGUUUCAAGACAAUACAAUUGACACAGGCUGGCUUGACAGUUUGAUUUCACAACGCGUGCAAGGCAAGAAACCUGACAUGGUCGUGGCGGUCCUCUGUACGGCCGUGCACAUCACUGAUAGUAAAAUACAAGACGCUAUCAAUCAUUUCCACAACUCUUUGGAGAAAGGUCAGGUUCUCCCUCUGAAGUCUCUGAACAAUGUUGUGGACGUUGAGCUCAUAGGCUCAGGCAUGAAGUAUAACUUGAAUGUCGCCAAGACGGGACCAGCGCAGUUCUUCCUCACGCUCAACGGAUCGCAUAAGCUGGUGGAUGUGCUGCGUAUGACCGACGGAGGUCUCCUCAUCUCCGUUGACGGCCAUAGCCACACCACUUACCUGCAAAAUGAAGUCGACAAGUACCGCCUUAACAUAGGGCAUCAGACCUGCAUUUUUGAGAAGGAGAGCGACCCAAGCCUGCUACGGUCAACAGCACCUGGCAAACUCCUGAACUUCCUGGAGGAAGACGGCGCUCACGUGACUGCCGGCAGCCCCUACGCCGAAAUUGAG